AUGCUGAAACCACGACUCUUUUCUACGCUGCGGUGUUUGCAACAUGAAAAUCCUUUGGGUCUCCCGCGCAGCGGUGCGCCUCCCCAAAUGCCGCGCAUGCAGCGGGGACUGCCACAGAAGAGACGCAUAAAGGAUGUCAAGAAGAUAAUCGCUGUGUCGUCAGCAAAGGGUGGCGUGGGGAAGAGUACAAUUGCUGUGAACCUCGCCCUCAGCUUUGCCCGUCGCGGCUACAAAGCAGGCGUCCUCGACACCGACAUCUUCGGCCCGUCCAUACCAACACUGUUGAAUCUCUCCGGUGAACCACGACUAUCUGCCAAUAAUCAGCUGCUUCCUCUCUCAAACUACGGUCUCAAGUCCAUGUCGAUGGGCUACCUGAUCCCCGAAUCUUCACCCGUCGCGUGGCGCGGCCUGAUGGUCAUGAAAGCCCUACAACAGCUGCUCCACGAAGUAGACUGGGGCGGUCUCGACGUACUGGUUCUGGACAUGCCGCCUGGCACCGGCGAUGUACAGCUCACCAUCACCCAGCAGCUGAUUCUCGACGGCGCAAUCAUCGUGUCCACACCGCAGGAUCUGUCGCUCAAGGACGCCGUGAAAGGCGUCGAAUUGUUCAAGAAAGUGGACGUGAACCUGCUAGGCUUGGUGUGCAACAUGGCGGGCUUCAAAUGCCCGGGUUGCGGAGGUGUACAUGAAGUGUUUGGAAAUAUGGACAAGAUCAGGGCCAUGUGUGGGAAAUAUGACUUGGACAUGUUGGGUGAAAUACCACUGCAUCCAAGCAUAUCUCACGACGCUGAUCGAGGGAAGCCGACUGUUGUUGCAGAACCCGAAGGCGAUCGCGCGAUGUUGUUCAGUAAGAUCGCGCAGACUGUCGAAGAAAUGAUUGGAUUGCAGAAGUAG